UGUCUGCCUGUCCAUUACUACUGCAAACGGGAAGGGGCUCAGCGCGAAACCCUGAAUCGGAUAAAUUAACGAUAGGAAAAAAAACUUCACGCUUCACCUAACAGCUGUGACCUCUACGACACACAAGAUGGCGGAAUUGGAAAGCUGUCCAUCGGUUGAGGGAAAAUUUCAUUUUGCGUUUUGCCCUUGUCGGAUAGCCCCUUAGUGUUCUGCGCUUAUCUGUGGCCGCCUGGCGUUGCGUGACACUCCCUGCGGCUUCCGUGCGGCGCGCUUGGAGCUUCGCGCGACACGAGGCUUCCACCUGCCGUCCACGGGCGGGAGGCAGCGGCAGCAGCCGGCCGAGGAAGAACCCACCGUCGCCGCGUCAACUUCCAGCGAGCCGGGCGAGAGGCCACCACGGCAGCCGGCCGCCAACCGCCACCCGUGACCCGUGACCACCACCGGCGGCGGCGCAGGCGGAACAAACCGGACCGCACCAUCCCUGGCUAGGCGAGGCGGGACAGCAGGGAGGCGGGGAGGGGACACCAGUAGCCGCCCUAAGCCGCUUAGAAGCGGCCCGAACCACGCCACAGGCGAGAAUUGGACGCCUUCAACAUGGCUGUUGACCGGCGACCGGUUUCGGUUCUGGCGUAGCAGGACGACACUGCGCGUCGGGCAGACCUCCGUGAAGGAAUGUUCACCCUCACCGAAGUCGCCUCCCUGAACGAUAUCCAGCCGACUUACCGCAUCCUGAAACCAUGGUGGGACGUGUUCAUGGACUACCUCGGGAUCGUCAUGCUCAUGCUGGCCAUCUUUGCCGGGACCAUGCAGCUGACGCGAGACCAGGUGGUCUGCCUGCCCGUCCUGGACUCGGCACCGGUCGAAGUGGCGCCCGUGCCGACGGGGGAGUCCGGCAGGUUGUGGGAUAAGGAGAGCGCCGUCGGGGAACAAGCGGCGCCCCUGAUGGCGGCCCCUGACAAGCAGCCCACACCGCGGCAGCGGCCGCCCCCCACCGGGAUCCCGACCAAGCUAGAUUUCCAACAGUAUGUUUUUGUCAACCAGAUGUGUUACCACGUCGCCCUUCCGUGGUACUCUAAAUAUUUCCCCUACCUGGCGCUGAUCCACACCCUGAUCCUCAUGGUCAGCAGCAACUUCUGGUUCAAGUAUCCCCGGACCAGCUCCAAGAUUGAGCACUUUGUGUCCAUCCUGGGCAAGUGUUUCGAGUCUCCGUGGACUACGAAGGCGCUUUCUGAGACGGCGUGCGAGGACUCCGAGGAGAACAAGCAGCGCCUGGCGGGGGCCUCCGCCCAGCACAAGCACUUCUCGACCAGCAGCGAGGAGGGCAGCCCCAACCAGUCGGCCCCCAUGCUGACCAAAUCCGGCGUUACCUUCUCCGCGGAGAAGCUGGUGAGCGAGGCGCCUUCCAUGACCAUCCUGGACAAGAAGGACGGCGAGCAAGCCAAGGCCCUCUUCGAGAAAGUUCGCAAGUUCCGCGCCCACGUGGAGGACAGCGACCUCAUCUACCGCCUGUACGCCCUGCAGACGCUCAUCAAGACCGUAAAGUUCAUCCUCAUCCUGUGCUACACGAUGACAUUUGUGGCCUCCAUUGACUUUCACCACAUGUGCGAGCCGGAAAUCAAGCACCUGACGGGGUACAGGAAGUUCCACUGCACGCACAACAUGGCGUUCAUGCUGAAGAAGCUGCUGGUGAGCUACAUCGCGCUCAUUUGCGUCUACGGCGUCAUCUGCAUCUACACGCUCUUCUGGCUCUUCCGCCGGCCCCUGAAGGAGUACUCGUUCGAGAAGGUCCGCGAGGAAAGCAGCUUCAGUGACAUCCCCGACGUGAAGAACGACUUUGCCUUCCUGCUGCACAUGGUAGACCAGUACGACCAGCUGUACUCCAAACGCUUCGGCGUCUUCCUGUCCGAGGUCAGCGAGAACAAACUGCGGGAGAUCAGCCUGAACCACGAGUGGACCUUCGAGAAGCUCCGGCAGCACGUGGCCCGCAACGUUCAGGAGAAACUGGAGCUGCACCUCUUCAUGCUGUCCGGCGUGCCGGACGCGGUCUUCGACCUCACCGACUUGGAAAUCCUCAAGCUGGAGCUCAUCCCCGAGGCCAGGAUCACGGCCAAGAUCUCGCAGAUGAUCAACCUGCAGGAGCUCCACUUCUAUCACUGCCCCGCCAAGGUGGAGCAGACGGCGUUCAUUUUCCUUCGGGACCACCUGCGGUGCCUUCACGUCAAGUUCACGGACGUGGCAGAGAUCCCCAGCUGGUUGUACUUGCUGAAGAACUUGCAGGAGCUGUACCUGGUGGGCAACCUGAACUCUGAGAACAACAAAAUGAUCGGACUGGAGUCUCUGCGCGACCUGCGGCACCUGAAAGUUCUCCAUCUUAAGAGCAACCUCACCAAGAUCCCCACCAACAUCACCGAUUUGUCGCCGCACCUCGUCAAGCUGGUGGUGCACAACGACGGCACCAAGCUGCUGGUCCUCAACAGCUUGAAGAAAAUGAUGAACCUGUCGGAGCUGGAGCUGCACAACUGCGAGCUGGAGCGCAUCCCGCACGCCAUCUUCAGCCUCAACAACCUCCAGGAGCUGGACCUGAAGUCCAACCACAUCCGGACCAUCGAGGAGGUCAUCAGCUUCCAGCAUCUCAAGCGGCUGACGUGCCUCAAGCUCUGGCACAACAAGAUCAUCUCCAUCCCGCUGUCCAUCAGCCACGUCAAGAACCUGGAGUCGCUCUACCUGUCCCACAACAAGCUGGAGUGUCUGCCCGGCCCACUUUUCACUCUGCUCAAGCUGCGCCACUUGGACGUGAGCCACAACUCCAUCGCCGCCGUACCGCCGGAGGUGGGCUUCCUGCAGAACCUCCAGUACUUUGCCAUCACCGGCAACAAACUGGAGGCCGUUCCCAAGCAGCUCUUCAAGUGCACCAAACUGCGGACGCUGUGCCUCGGCCACAACGGCAUCGCCGUCCUCCCCGAGAGGGUCGGCCAGCUGGCCCAGUUGGGCCACCUGGAGCUGAAGAGCAACUGCCUGGACCGGCUGCCGGUGCAGUUGGGCCAGUGCCCCCUGCUGCGCCGGGGAUGCCUGCUGGUCGAGGACCACCUCUUUGACUCGCUGCCUUUGGAGGUCAAAGAGAGCAUCAACCAGGAGUCCGGCGCCGCGUUCGCAAACGGUUGCAAGUGUCUGACGGACGGGCGGUAGCGUGUCAGGCCGCCAUCUUUUUUUUUUUCUUUUUUUUUCCAUGCAGCAGCUCAAAGGCCAAGUAAGACUUCCCUGGUACUCCUUUCACAUCGAGUCUGCGCUGGUUUUUGCCAAAGUGAUGUCAGACUCGCGCAACGCUCUGCAGGCCCAAAGGGAAAGUUCCUCAAUCGAGGGACGCCUCGGGACUCCGUGGGGGAGUCUUGGGGGCCCAAAAGGGCUGCAAAUUGAAAAUGUUGUAUUUCAAGACCACCGUUUCUGUCCCCCUAGCACUGAUCACGCGUUCCCCGCGCUAACGGCGAACCCCGUUUUUACGACGGUAGCCUACUUUAGUCGAAAGUUAGCGGUGACUUCACGAGAGCCUCACGCGAAUGACGUGACUGGCACCAAGGGUGCGAGUACAUUUCAAAGUAAAAGUAUUUGAGCAUAGGAAAAAGUGUCGAAUGAAAGGGCACAAGUGUUUUUGGAAUUAUUUAAAAAAAAAAAAAAUGUAACAUUGAUGCUCACAGGACAAGUCGAACUCUGCCCGCACCUCGUUCGCAGCAAGCUGGAGUUGGGUCAGAAUUUGAGACGGAAUCGGUGGUGGUUAUCGGCAACCGCGGCGACAGACUAGCAACUCUUUGCCGGUUCAGAGGGACGCUUUCUGUUACCGUGGCAGCUCGGGGUGCCGCUACGGGGGUUAUCUCCGUGGAAACGGAGUACAACUUUUUGGACGCCACCCGUUUAGUACGGCAAAUAUGAACGUACUUUUUUUUUUUUUUUUUUUUUCGGCGCCCCCUGCUGGUGACACCAAAGGUCCGCGGGUCCACAUCACUCCGUCACCGGCUCGACGCGCAAAGUAUUUUAGCACAGGAAAAAAAGGUCUCAAACCACUGGGUGGGGGGGGGCUUCUCAUCUUCUGUUUCUCCUCGUGUUGACACGUAGCAUUAGCAUUAGCAGGAGCGUCAGCCAAUUCUGCUACGUUUGUCAUAACUCGGCGCACAUUUUACGUCACAUUUAUUUUCAAAUCCCGACACAGCCACAACAUUAGGCACACUUGCGUUUUCCUCCCGGUAUUAUCACGUAAUAUUAGUAGGAUAUUCUUGCAAUAAUGCAGCUUCAUUUUUAAGAAAAAUUGACUCAAAGUAGCCGGAAUUUACCAAAACAAUUUGAUUUUCUAGUAUUUUUUUUUUUUUUUAUUGUGACUUUAAUCUCUUAGUGACUUUUUUUUUCCAGAAAAUUUCAUAUUCUUGGAAUAUUACCACUUUAUUUUUGGCGUGUUUCAACUUUUCUGAAAAUAUUCAUGCACACUCACAAAAUGAUGGUAUUUGUCGCGUAAAUUGAUUUGCGAAAAUCAAAAUGAAAACAAACUGAUUUAAUGGUCUUUGUUUCAGAAUAUUGCAAUUGUAUUAAGCUUUUUUUUAAAUUAACUUUUGGGGAAGCCUUUUGUUUAUGUUUCUGAUUUUUUUUUUUUUUUUUCUUUCCCAAAAUAGUUUAGCUUAAUUCUAAAAUGAUAUUAUUGUAAUA